GGGACGGACAGAUUCAAACCUGCUCUGAGUGUGUGAUUAUUGUGUUUUCAGCUGCCGCUGUUGCUUUUAGAGCAUCUCAAUAAAGCAUACAUCCUCCGUCUUCGUUGCUACGCAGCGUACUAUGUACUUGUGCAAACAUGCAAUAAUAACUACUGCGUAUAGUUGGAGUCGAAGAAACAAACGCGCUUGGCAAAAUGCAAAGGAAAAGCCAAGGAAAAAGAAAAGCAAAGAAAAAAGCCGUUCAGCACUCGCAUCAUCCCAUCCAUCCCAUCCCCAAGGACCCCCAACCCCCUUCCAUCCAACCAUUCGACACACCCUGUGCAGCGGCAUGGGAGGCCCGCAAGCAAGCAGGAAAGUUUCCUUUCGGUGCGGCUAGUUACAGGGGAUCUCCUGCUAGGCUGCUUCUUCUUCCCCAGCACGUACCCGUCAAUAUCCACAGUACCACGGAAUUAACCCGAAUUCCAAGUCCCAUUCAGAUUUCCCAUUGCAGUUUAAAAUAACUAGUUGACUAGACGAUGCAAAGAAUUUCGAAAAGAAGCAGAGAAGAGAGAAAGGAAACGGCUUUCCAAAAAGCCCCGUCAUUCAUUCACUUUCAACAUAUGAAACAAGAUUGCCCGCCCAUUAUCGUUUUUCGAGUCAUGACAUCGCACCAGAGGUUCGACUGUACCCGCUCCCCGUAACUACUCGUACGGAGCAUGUGCUCAGAAGAGCGACUCCGUCUUGGCUGCAAUUCUGAUACGUGAUGGGUGCCGCCGCCACAACAUCCGAACAAAAAAAAAUAAAAAUAAAAAUAAAAAUAAAAAU